AUGGCGCCCGUCAAAGCAGAGGAGGACCCAGUGGUGGCCGAGUACGAUGUCUUCCUCACACCUCCCACCGAAGAGCAGAUCUACCUGCUGCAGUACCCAAAUCGAGUGCGAAGCCGGCCAUACAACAGCAAGUUCGGCGCGACUCCCCAUGCCAUGCGCAUCAAGCCCAAUAGCGGCUUCGUGGAGAUGGACAUCAAGCUCAGCACCGAGAACAACUUCAACAAGUACAUGGGUCUGAAGUGGGGAGACGCCGACAGAUCAGCCCGCGAAUUGCACAACCACUCAGGCACAUAUGGCCCAGCUGCAGGUCUGGCACCGCCGAAGCCACGAGCACGAAAUCAGGCGAAAGAGAAAGCCGACCGUGAGUUGGAACUCGACCAAGACUUGCGAGCUUUCAGAGAGGCAGAGCGCGAUGACAAGGUGCACGCGAAGCAGACUCUUGGUGGGCAGCUGAUCCGCCAUGACACUGAAGCAGAAGCCGGCAAGCCACAUUACUUCGUAGGAGCGUUCCAAGGUGACCACCUAUUCUUGACCAAGGUCGACGCCACAGCCCAAUUACGACCAAACUUCCAUCACCUUGACGCCGAAGAAGAGAGGGCUCGCAUAGCCAUCUCGCGCGCUCAAGCAGAAGCAGCAGGGCCGCAGCAACAAGGUCCAGGCAGGGCAGUCAAGCCCAAGGAUGAGUCGGAUGUAGACAAGACUACAGUUGAGUGGAAACUGAUGAACGGGUUGAAGAAAGCCCGCGAAGAGACGUGGAUCAAGAUGGAGUACGUCGAUGAUGAGGACCAAAUGGCGUACGAUGCUUUCGAGAAGAAUCUGAAGGUCAAGAACACGGCAGAGGCGCCAGUCCUGAAGACUGAGCUGGACCACGAUGCCUUUCUGGACGCCGUUGGUCCUCAGAAACAUGGGAGUCCGACACGGAGGAGGAAGCGACAGCCGAAGAAGGAGGCUGUCGAUGUUGACGAUGAGGAUAUGGAGGAUGCUGAUGCUGGAGUAUGA